UGCUAGUGAUUGAACCAUUGCCUAAAGCAAGGCUUCAAGCUUCUUUCAUCUUCUUUCCUUAAUUUUCCAACCUUGUUCUGAAUUCUAUCACUGCAUGGUAAGCUCUAGUUGUUCUUCGGAGAUGAGGCGUGUCUUGGCUGCUGUGAAACGGAGACUGAGCUUAACUAAGAAGACGGCGAGAGUGGCCGAUGAAAGUUCGGUAGGAAGAGUUGAUGGUGAUGGACUAAUAGGAAACCCGGUUACCGGCCGAGGAGGUAGUCCUUUUUCCGGGUUUUUUAUGUUGAUGCUUGCUCCUCUUGAAGCGGUAUCUUAUCUUGUUUGUCGGCCCGGUGAUGGCUCCGGUGAUGUUUGGCCGGCCGGUGAGCUUCCAAGGGCCUCGGAGAUGGAUUAUCUUAUGGUACGUGAUAGCAUGAGAUAUGCUAUUUAUGUUUAGUUAUGUUUAGUUUCAGGAUAGAAAUUAAGAGUGGCAGAGUGAUACAGUGUUGAUGAUGAUGAUGAUGAUUAUGAUUAUGAUCAUGCUGUGAUGUGUGUGUUCAUGGCUUGGAUUGGAAAAAUUAAAGCUUUUGAUCAUUGGAUUCAUGGAGGGUUUUGGUUUUGUAUUGCUCUUUGUUCUCAAUGAAUUGCUUGGGUUUCUAUAGAGAUCAUACAGUUAUAA